UUCUUCUUCUUUUUUUAAGCAUUUCCCAGUCGUGUAGUGUUUUUUUCUCUCCAAUUAAUCUCGUAAUUUCAGUUCGCAUCCUUUAUUUGUUUGCCUGUGAAUUACUUACUACAGUACUGGUAAUUGGAAAUGAAUCACUGUAAAAGAAAAAAGAAAAAAAAACAAGAAAUCGCUGUUUGUGUCCCUUAGCUGGUAGCAGUUGUAAUUCAUUUGAUUGAAAUACAAGAAGCUCAAUCUUUAUGCAAUCAAAACCCACCUUGCCCUAGCUAUAGCUAUAGUGUUUAGGGUACAAUAAUCAAGCUAAAAUAUCUUGAGUGGUGCAUAUGCAAAACCCCUUUUCUUUUCUUGUUCUUUUUUAAUCUUGGCAUGCUUGCUUUUGUAACUGAUGAGAGAAUUUGGGUUUUGCUUACUGGGUUUGGAGGCUAUGUUUUCAAUGAGUAACUACUUUUAAGAUUUCUAAUUCAUAUGCCCUCCCUGCUCUCAGGAUUCAACUCAUUGCAUCUAGGGACUUGCUCCUUCUAAUAGAGUUUCAGUUUAAUUCAACAGAUUUUUUUUUUUUUUAUGAAUGUUCAACAGAUUUAUACGAGUCUGUGAACAACUACUUCGCUAAACCUUUUCAUAUUAUCCUGGUGGUGGUGGUUGUAUUGUAGAGAUUACUUAGCGGAAGUCAAUUGAGGAAGUUUAUUUUUUUUUCACUGUUAUUAUCCUAAGAUAAAGGGUGCUUAGGGGUGGUGUUGUUGUCAGGGUUUUGAAGAAUAGAUGGUUUUCAUUGGAGUCAUCUGCAUGCAAGCACUCAGCCACCUUUGGGUAUUUCUUUUACAUGACUAUUUUAUCAACAAGGCGACAAUAAUUUUCUUUUUUAAAUUUAACGACAUUAUCUCGAGGAAAAUGGUUGUGCAUGGUUUUAGUUUCUUGUUCAAGGUGAAUUUGUUAUAUUUGCUUUUGAUCAACAUUAGCAUGGAGGGGCUAAGGUGGAUGGUUGAUUUGGUAAUCGAUUCACCUAUUCUUAUGUUGUGGUGCAAAGACUAGCUGAUGUAGAACAAGCAGAGGGAUUUGAAGGAAAACAUAAAAAUUUCAGAUGGAUAGGGAUUCACAAGGAACUUUACAUGAUGUGCCCACAUCCACUGUUCAUUUCCAUGUUAAUGGUGGUUUCGUAGUUGGCCAUUCUACCCUCCCAGCAGUAUGUGCUCUGUGCCAAAUAAUUAUAUUACCUGAUAAUGAUGAUCUUGAGAUUAUCAGUAUAUGUGGGGACUGUAGAUUUUUGUUGCUUGAAGAUCUUGAGAGGCCCACUCGAGACUCUCAUCGGAGGAGGCGUCACAGAGGAAGAAGAACCAGGUACAGCAGUGCUGAGUCGAGUGAAAACAUUUUCCCACAACAAUUUUCUCAUGUGAUUAAUUUGGCUAGGCAAAACCAGUCCACUGUUCAUGGGAAUGAGGAUCGCUCUUUAGAUGUUGAUAGUUCUGCUAGGUUGUUACAGCAUACAAGCUCCCGCACGACUCCAAGUAGUUCUCGAAGAUGGCAGCGUCUUUCUUCAGAUUCUGAAAGUGAGGAUUUUGGUAAUGUGGAUUCUCUUUAUGGGGAUAGUGAAAUUAAUUUCAGAUCCAGUAGGUACCGGGUUUUCCAUAGUGGGAGCGAUGCCAUUUCUUUUAGUGUGUAUGGGGGGGACUCUGAUGCUUCUGUGGACGGACAUAGUGUCCUGGACCCAGAAAUGUUUAUUCAAGCAGAUGAGGGAAGCAAUUUUGACAGUGAUACCGACAUCGAUCCAAUGCAUGCUGGUCUCUACCAAUGGAACUCUGAUGACCUGGAAGAGGAGGAAGAAGAAGAAGAGGAUGGUGAAUGGGAAGAGGCUGAUAUUGAGGAAGAUACAAUUGAAUCUGUAGAAGCAGGAGCUCGACUUCGAAAUCUGUUUGUUUCAAGUCCUAGUGAAGUUAAUGGCCCUGUUAGUUGGCACAGGCAGUCCCAUUCACCAGAAUUUGAGGACCUGAAUCGGUGGAGAACCAGGCAGAGUAGACAAGCACAUAACCGUGACUUCUUUGCUAACUUGGAAGAAUUGGAAUUACCACAGCACAUAUGGAAUUAUGAGUUGGCAGAUUAUGCGACAGGCUUCGGGGAUUUGCUUGAAGUUCUUACUCAUUCUGACAUUGGAAGGAGAGGAGCACCUCCUGCAGCUCUGUCUUUUGUGAAUAAUCUACCACUUGUGAUCAUCAAUGAGGAACAUGAGAGGCAUGAUGGUGUAGCUUGUGCAAUCUGCAAGGAUCUUUUGCCAAUCGGCACAGAAGUUAACCAGCUUCCAUGCCUUCACCUAUAUCACCCUUACUGUAUAUUGCCAUGGCUUAGUGCACGAAAUUCAUGUCCUCUCUGCAGGUACGAAUUUCCAACUGAUGAUAAAGACUAUGAGGAGGGUAAGCAAAACUCUAGUACCAGAAUGGGGAUCCAUGAUGUUCAGCAACAGGAAGCUAGUGAGGACAGUUCCUCUGAUGUCUCAGAUGAACCUCUUGAACAUGGUCAAACCGGAAGGGAACUCCUAGAUGUGGGCCUGCCCUUAAGUACUUCUGGCAGAGAGGGCAGUAGAAGGAGAUGGCUUCUGCUUGCUGCUGCUCCCCUUGUUAGCCUUUUGGGUAUUGUCCUUGUGAUGUGGUGGGACAAUCCUCAAGGAAGGCGGGUAAAUAGUCAUGGCAACUUCCCUGAGCGAGGCUUGUAUCAGAUUCAAGUUUCUGGCCCUUCCCAACCCAACCAAAAGGUUAAUGAGAGGAGAAGAUGGUGGUUUUUUUCCUGAGGUUUGGUUGAACGAGGUCAUGCUGAUGGCUUUCCAUGCCUAAUUGAAGGUGUUUAGUAAGAGUGAGAUUCAUUUCCGCAUUGAUUGAUUCUAAAGUGAUGUGCAUGCGAUUCCGAAAGUCCGGUGAUGAUUUGAUCUUUUUAGUUGAUGCUUGGGACCAUGCGAUGCCAUUCCAUACAUAAUGGCUUGAAUUUGUUGCUCCAAAAUCCAAAACGAGGGCGUCACACAGCUACACUUGUUCGUGAUUGGAUCUCCUUUCCUCGUGUUCAUUUCGUUUAGGGUUGGCGCAAGUGUUAGCAUCGGGCAAGAUUUUUCAUGUUUUUUUGCUUAUCAAAAUUUUUAUUUUCGUUUGGCGUGGCAUCAACGAAGAAGGGGAGAAAUCAACCUGAGCUGCUGAGCAUCCUUUCUUUUCAAGAAAACCCGUGUCUUGUUCUGUGUCUCAAAAGUAGACUCUUUCUCGUGGUUCAAGGCAUGCUGAUAUAAGUUUCUGCUUCACGAGUUAGGAGUGAUUCAGUUUUACCUAUUUUUGUACAAGGAGUCCAACCUUGAGUGAGAAAAUGCGCCGUGUAUUUUUGUUUUUUAUUAUUACAUAAACUUUAUAUACCGUUUGUUUUUACACAAACUGUCUCUGUGCAUUUUAAAAUUACAUUUAGUUCCAAAUUA